UUCCGAUAGAAAAAUCAGUUAGUAGUUGCUUCCUGCAAAAUGCGAGCAGCAUUCGUAUUCGUGGCACUUUUCGCAGCGGUGUGGGCUUUGCCACAGGCCGGCCUGUCUAAGAUCAACUGGGAAGAUUUCCCAAUGAGACGCAUGUCCGUAGAUGGCAACGGAGUCGUUGACGAUUCAAGUUACAACCCAGGAGUUGGACCCAGGAUUAUAAACGGACGGGAAGUGGAACCCAACUCGAUACCCUCCCAAGUAUGGCUAAUCUUCAGGCUGUUCCCUGGAUCUGGUGGUUGGACCUGCGGUGGUACUCUGAUCACCAAGAGAUUCGUCCUUACUGCUGCGCAUUGUAAUGCUGGGGCUGGACUAGUCGAGGUAUACAUUGGAGCCCACGACAUUUCAGUUGAAGAACCAGGAAGAAUUAUAUUGGUAGCCACAAGAUUAAUCAAUCACCCAGACUAUGACUCUGGCACUAUUUCCCAAGACAUUGGUCUCAUUGACCUUGAACAGGAAGUGGAACUGAGUAAUUUCGUCGAUGUAAUCAAAUUACCAGGUCGUAAAUACGUGGGUGAAUUAUUUGAAGAUGCAAACUCCAGGGUGAGCGGAUGGGGUCUGACAGUUGGCGGCGGUAGCAGAUCAAACGUCUUAUUGGCAGUCAACAGCACCGUCCUCCCCAACCCCAAUUGCAGGGCGGUUUUCAAUAUCUUCCGAGAAAACGAGAUUUGUACCUCAGGGGCUGGGGGUGUGGGGGCCUGCAAUGGAGACUCUGGCGGUCCUCUGGUUCAUGGCAACCUUCAAAUCGGUAUCGUGUCUUACGGACGCGCAGGUUGCCCACCUGGGUUCCCAACGGUGUUCGUCAGGGUUACCAGCUUCCUGGACUGGAUCGAGGAAAACUCUGACUACGUUAUUCAAGACUAAAUAUCAAUUUCAAUGAACUGUGUAAACAUGUGUUAUAAAUGCCAAGUGUGUGAAUAUAAAAAAAAAAUCUAAAUAG